AUGGAUUGGGAUGCUUUGUGGUUCAACGUUGCCACGUUAAUUGCAGGGGUGUUUGUCCUUGACUAUGGCGCAGACAAGUUCAUCGACCACACCGUUAUUGUUGGGCGGCGCCUUGGUAUCUCGCAAACUGUUAUUGCCCUCUUGACAGCUGGCGCUGAAUGGGAAGAGCUCGCUGUGGUGAUUGCCGCCAUCCUGCAGCAUCGCAGCCCCCUAGCCCUUGGGAACGUCAUGGGCUCGACUAUCUCCAACAUUCUCGGUGCCUUUUCUUUGGGACUACUCUUCUACCCCCAAGGCAUGGAGUUUGAUCGCAGCGCAAAGUUAUACUCGGCGCUGCUGUUCAUGGUUACCACGCUCUUCGUGGUGUUAGCAUUCUUCAACCAAUUGAACCAGAUCGUCGGCGGGGUUUUGAUUGCCAUAUUUGGUCUCUACAUCGUCUCUAUCAUCUACGCCAUCUAUAAAGGUGUAGCAUCGCCCCCGGAGCUAUCAGACAGUGAUAGUGACGGGGAAUCCAGCGAUAGCGAGGACGGGGACGGGGAAUCCAUCAAUCAUGCACCUGUCUCCGAGACAUCGCCUCUCAUUGAGAAUGAGCCUGCGCCUUCAUCAGCUGACAAAGAAAGCAGACGAAGCAGAAGCCUCCCCUAUCACAUAUUCCAGCUCAUUCUCGGAUUCAUCUCGCUCUCAAUGUCAGGAUAUAUCCUCUCCCACAGCGCCGUCACCAUCGCCGACUCCCUGCACCUCUCGGGAUCUGUCUUCGGUCUGACCGUUGUCUCGUUCGCCACCACUCUUCCAGAGAAGCUGGUUGCAAUCAUUAGUGGCUCCCGCGGCCACGGCGGCAUUAUGGCUGCGACGACUGCAGGAAGCAACAUUUUCUUGCUGACGCUCUGUGUUGGUGUCGUUGCAGUGGCGGGGUACCAGGUACAAGAGGCAGAUAAUUUUGUGCUUUUUGAGCUGGUGGCCGUGUGGGUGUCCUCUGGGGCAUUUUGUGCUGUUAUCUUUUUGGGACUGGGGAGGAGUGCAGGUGUAGUUCUCUUAGUUGCCUACCUCGUGUUCCUUUGCCUGGAGUUUACCGUUUACCGGCGCUGA